AUGGCACCCAGCACGGCGAAGCGGAGCUCCGCCAAAGACGACGAUUUCGUCCUGACGUUGUCCGACGACGAAGACGUUCUCCGUUUCGACGAAGGCGAAGAGGAAAAUGAAGGUGCCGAUGGAGAUGCGCCUGUCGCCGACACCAAAAAGCGCAAGCGAGAGGCCGAAGCACCUAAGGGCAAAAACAAGAAAGCAAAGCAACAAUCGAAGAACGGGAAGAAAAAGCAGGGCAAGGACGAGCUUGUUAAUGCGGACGCAUCCGAUGAGGAGAGUGAUGGUGCGAUGGAUGCCGGCGAGGAUGACGGUGCGCUGGACUCUGACUUCGAGUUUGAUGUCGGUGGUGCGGCCAAUCGCGGCGUCGUCGAGGGAUUCGAUGGGUGGGGAAUUGGUGACGGCGAGCAGAAUGGAUCGGGCGGGGAUAAAAAGGCAGUGGAUAUCGACGAGAUCAUCUCGCGGAGACAAGCGAGAAAGGAGGCUGCGUCUAAGAAGAAACAGAAGAAAAACGAGGUCCCCGAGAGCGCCAGCGCAUCCGGCGAGGAAAAUGCCGAGUCCGAUGGUGGCUUGCCGGUCGAAUUUGAAGACGACGAGCUGAUGGCUGCCGAUGGCUUCGGUAUGGGUGCGGACGGCGAGGACGAAAGCGACGCCGAGGGCCCUGAAGUUGGAUCUGGCCCGGAGGAAGACGAGGAUGAGGAUGACGACGAUGACGCUGCUUCCGACAAUGACUCUGUCGCCACUCCAGUUGGUCAUCCUGACGACCAUGGGUUAGACCGGGAAUCUGAUGCUGAGAGUGAGGUGGAUGCCGAGGAAGAGGAGAAGCGGAAAGCGUUCUUCGCUCCUGAAAACAAAAGCGACGAGAAAGCAGCCAUGGCCAAAAGCACCUUCCAAGACUUCAACCUCUCUCGACCGAUUCUCCGUGGCCUGGCCUCGGUUGGUUUCACCGACCCGACACCCAUCCAACGCAAGACGGUGCCCGUGGCUCUUCUUGGCAAGGAUAUUGUUGGUAGUGCCGUGACUGGUUCAGGAAAGACGGCAGCCUUCGUCGUGCCCAUCCUGGAACGUCUCCUCUUCCGGCCGCGCAAAGUUGCUACAAGUCGUGUUGCGAUUCUCAUGCCCACUCGAGAGUUGGCAGUGCAGUGUUACAAUGUUGCUAUCAAACUGGCUACCUUUACGGAUAUCACGUUCUGUCAACUGGUUGGUGGUUUCAGUCUCCGUGAGCAGGAAAACAUCCUCAAGAAGCGGCCAGAUGUCAUUAUCGCUACCCCCGGUCGUUUCAUUGACCACAUGCGCAACUCGCCAAGUUUCACGGUGGACACGCUCGAGAUCCUGGUUCUUGACGAAGCCGAUCGUAUGCUGGAAGAUGGAUUUGCGGACGAGCUGAAUGAAAUCCUGACGACAAUCCCGAAAUCACGACAGACGAUGCUUUUCUCUGCAACAAUGACGGAUACAGUCGACAAGCUUAUUCGGGUUGGACUCAAUCGACCAGUGCGCUUGAUGGUCGACUCGAAGAAGCAGACUGCCGUAACGCUGGUCCAGGAAUUUGUGCGUUUACGGCCCGGGCGAGAGGACAAGCGUCUCGGGUAUCUUCUGCACUUGUGCAAGGAAAUCUACACGGGGCGUGUUAUUAUCUUCUUCCGACAGAAAAAGGAAGUGCAUCGCGUUCACAUUGUUUUCGGGCUAUUAGGCUUGAAGGCGGCCGAAUUGCACGGUAGCAUGAGCCAAGAACAGCGUAUCAAAAGCGUAGAGAACUUCCGAGACGGCAAAGUUUCUUUCCUGCUGGCAACCGAUCUGGCCUCCCGUGGUCUGGAUAUCAAGGGAGUGGAGACGGUUAUCAACUACGAAGCCCCACAGAGCCAUGAGAUCUACCUGCAUCGUGUCGGGCGAACGGCCCGUGCUGGUCGCUCUGGUCGCGCAUGCACGAUCGCCGCCGAGCCCGAUCGCAAGGUUGUGAAGGCGGCUGUCAAGGCAGGCAAGGCGCAAGGCGCCAAGAUCGCCAGCCGUGUGGUGGAGCCCGCCAUUGCCGACGAAUGGGCGCAGAAAGCCGCGGAUCUCGCUGACGAGAUCAACGAGGUCAUGCAGGAAGAGAAGACCGAGAAGCAGCUGGCUCAAGCCGAGAUGCAAGUCAACAAGGGCGAGAACCUCAUCAAGCAUGGAUCGGAGAUCAUGUCGCGACCCAAGCGCACCUGGUUUGAGACGGAACGGGAGAAGCGAGCGUCGCGCAAGCUCGGUGCAACUGAAUUGAACGGGCCUGGUGCAGGCCAGUCCAAGAAGGAGAAGAUCAAGCUCAGCAACAAGGACAAGAAGCGUCUGGACGAUGCCAAACUGCGGCACGAGGAAACUCGAGUCGCCCAGCUGGAAGAUGCUCUGUCGAAGGUGCGCGGCCAUCAUGUCGAGGUCGAGGCUCGGAAAGGUAGCUCGCCGGCGUCGGUGGCGGAAUCCAGCUCGAGUGCUGGGCGCCGAAUCAAGACGGAAGACGACACUCACGAUCUGGCACGGGAAUUCGAUGGCCUGAAUGUCGAGAAUGACGGUCGCAUCUCCUUCCAUGGACCGACCAGUCUGUUCCAGCUCCCCAGUGGGGUGGUGAACGAGACGGCCACCACCUCAUAUUUCGCACAGGAGCUGGAGGCCCGUAAGGAACGCCUGAUCAACAGCGCAUGGCGUGAGAGAGCCUUUGAGCAGAUGGCCGCAAUGCCCGAGCCUUUCCAGUACCUGCUCGAUUCUCACUGGUGCUGGAUCCAGCCGCUGUUCAAUUUCGUCUAUCGCCCGGCGUUUACUCGAGAUUUGAAGAUCCAUGGACCCUAUUACUCGGAUAUCUUACUCAACGCGAUCCUCUCGCACUCGGUCCGCUGGUGCAAAGCAGAGCCUCAGGUUGGCCCGUUGCUUGAUUCUUUCGACGGCGGGGCCCUGUUUUCGCACCGGGCUGUGUCCGGGCUCUACGACUCCCUGAAAGUCGGCUAUGCGGGCAUCCCGACCAUUCAAACAUUACUCCUUCUCAGUGCGCAAGAAUGUGGUCGCGGGAACCGGACGCAAGCCUGGCUGUAUAGCGGCAUGGCAUUUCGGCUGCUGGACGACCUAGGAAUUUCGAUUGACAGCCGCAAGUAUUCUGGGUCGGCGCAGUUGAGUGACGAGGACAUCGAGAUUCGUAACCGGCUCUUUUGGAGCUGUUACUUUUGGGAUAAGGUGGUGUCGCUGUACUUUGGCCGGGCGCCGACCAUGCAGCACUCGCACGUGAGCCCGCCGCGAAUGAUCCUGGAUGAUACCUCUGAGAUCGAAAUAUGGACUCCUCAUGGGGUCAGCUUCCCCGAUGGGGCUCACUAUCCGCCUACACAGGCCCAUUCAACAUCAUGCUUCAUGAAGAUGUGCGGGUUAGCAGAGAUUCUCAACCAGAUCUUGAUCCACAUUUAUGAUCCCAUGCGUCAAACCACCGAAUCCGAGUUCUAUGACUGCAUCCAGGAGCAGGCCAAGAAUCUGAGCGACUGGUGGGAUGAACUUCCAGACUACCUGAAGCUUGUGGCGACAGAGCUACCCUCGUACAGCCCGCCCAGUCACAUCAUGAUCUUGAACUGCCUGUAUCAUACUAUCAACAUCUUACUCCAUCGACCGAUCCUCUGCUCCCGGGAAUUGCUCAAAAGCCGACAAGAGACAUACGACAAGAGCCACCUCGUGCAAUGCCUGGCGUCGGCAACAACAAUACUAUCCCUGUUCGAUCUCUACCGCCGCACCUUUGGCGACAACCACGUUGUCCUGUCUUUGGCCUACAGCAUCUACACCGCGGGAUCAAUCUUUCUGCUGGAAAUCCAGGCCCUGAAAUACGCCGCACCGGGAACCCUGGAUAAGCUCAAGUUCUGCAUAUUCGCACUAGAGCGAGUCAAGCUCGCCAACCCGGUCAUCACCACGGCUCUCAGUCUCAUCUACCAAGAGCUACAAAAGCUCCAGAUCGACAUCCACGUCACCAUGUCCGCUCCUCCCCCAGACCCCGACCAACAACCCCAUCACCAUCCUCAAUCCCACCAUCCCCACUCUCACCCGAGCAGCCAGUCCCCGUCCGUGAGCAGUAACCCAUCUCGCCACGUCUCUCCGGGCCUCCAACACCCGCAACAGCACCCCCACCACCAGCAACCGCGAGCGGCGAUAGGCGCCAGCACAUCAGCCGGCACUCCUAGUCCCAACCCCCUGAUGUCCGGCUACAACACCUUCCAGCAACACCCCGUCGCAGGCUUCGAUCUCUCGCGCACGGGCGAUAUGCCCCAGAUGGCGCCGACGCAUCUCCUAGGCGGGAUGCCCGAUGCCGUGAUCACGAUCGACGACCCGAGUUCGUACGAGAUCACCCCCGAGGUGUUCGAGGCGUUUUCGUAUGCGCAACCCAUCACGACGAAUAUGACUCCCGCCUUUGAUCCCACUUGGGCGGGACCGCCUCGAUGA